AGGUCAGCAAUUGAAGAGCCUUUAUAAGCUUUGCUAGGGGUGGGGUCAGGAACGAGCUUUUCAUUGGUCCCAAAUUGGCUCCAGAACUGGCCAAUAAGACCAAGAGUAGGUGCUGUUACGUAGUUAUUAUUGAGAACGCAAGGUCCCUGCGAGGCCCAAUGGAAACGAAGGACUUUUGGAGCCCUAAUUUGCAUACGGUGGUUAUAAAAGGGUCAGGCCCGCCCAUUCUCGCACUUCUUUUCUUUGCUAACGCGUGUGGUCUACAAUGCCUGAGCCGGCAAAAUCCGCUCCUGCGCCCAAGAAGGGCUCGAAAAAGGCGGUCACCAAAGCCCAGAAGAAGGACGGCAAAAAGCGCAAGCGCAGCCGCAAGGAGAGUUACUCCAUCUACGUGUACAAGGUGCUUAAGCAGGUGCACCCCGACACCGGCAUCUCGUCCAAGGCCAUGGGGAUCAUGAACUCGUUCGUCAACGACAUCUUCGAGCGCAUCGCCGGCGAGGCCUCCCGCCUGGCGCAUUACAACAAGCGCUCCACCAUCACGUCCCGGGAGAUCCAGACGGCCGUGCGCCUGCUGCUGCCCGGCGAGCUGGCCAAGCACGCCGUGUCCGAGGGCACCAAGGCAGUCACCAAGUACACCAGCUCCAAGUGAGUCCCUGCCGGGACACGGCACUCCCAUGAGUCGCCGGCCGCUUGACUCCAAAGGCUCUUUUCAGGGCCACCCAUCUAAUCACCAGA